AUGUCAUUGAACGAGAUCAAAGGUCGACUUGCCCUCAUCACCGGUGCAUCGGGCGGGAUUGGCUCAGCCUGUGCACACCAGCUUGCACAACAUGGCGUCCACCUCGCGCUAACAUACGCGACCAACCUGACCGCGAUGAAUGCCUUGGUGGCCGAUCUUCAGAGCAAAUAUGCAGACCAGAACCUCCACAUCUCAGUCCACAAGGUCGAUGUCGGCUCCGCCGAUGACAUCGAGACGAUGUUCCAGCAGAUCGACGCCGAACACGGCCACCGACCUGAUAUUCUCAUCUCCAACGCCGGCCACGGGAAACGGAUUCCCAAUAUCUGGGACUGCUCCCUCGAAGAGUUCGAUUACACUGUGAAUGUCAACCUGCGCGCUUCGUUCAUUCUGACCAAAGGGGUGGUGGAGUAUAUGAAGAGCCAAAAGUGGGGUCGUAUUGUCUUCAUGUCUUCGAUUGCCGCACAAGGCGGAGGUAUCAACGGAUGUCACUACGCUGCAUCCAAGGGUGGCAUGACUGGUAUGAUGAAGAACCUUUCGACUCGGCUGGCGGAGUUCAAUAUCAGUGUGAACGAUGUUGCUCCGGCUAUGAUUGGCGACACGGGUAUGAUCCCUAAUGCUGCGGCUAUCCCGGAGGUGGCUGCUGGUAUUCCACUUGGUCGGCUCGGGACGCCGGAAGAGACGGCUAAUGUCGUUACUAUGCUUGUGAAGACGGGCUACAUGACGGGCCAGAGUCUCUUGUUGGCUGGUGGAUUGAAGUAA